UUUCUCGUUCUCUGCACCUAUAUAAGAUGGACAUUGCAGCUUCAUACGGUCCAUCACGUCUCCAAUAAUGUCUUCACAAAGAGAUGACUCGAAUCAACACAAAUCUGGAGGGUGGUUGGGAGGUAUCGGUGAUAAGAUGAACUCAAUGGCGGGAGGCGGUAGAACUAGCGAAGCUAAGGAAGACAAACUGGAUAAGGGAAUCGACUGGGUCCAGGAGCACGUUCUUGGACAAGGUCCUCAGAGCAACGAGUCAGCUACUGAACAGUUUAAAGACGAGCAGAUCAGCGACUUAAUUCGGGGACAGUACAAGGGUGCGGCAGGGUCGGACCUCCCUGUGAAGGACAAGUAAAUUGGAAGGACGCUGUGUAGAAAUCGUAUGACAUUAAAUACUCUUCGUGUGAAGGAAAACUAGGAAAGGCAUACGUCCGCGGUGUUGUGGUUGCUUUGCACAGAUCUAGAAGUAUGCGCAUUAUACCGUAGCUCUGCGACUGUGCGGGAGCUGCGCCAUAGCAAGGGUUAGACCCAAGGACCCAAUAGGCGCCGGAUAAACCCUAGCUCGACCCUACAAACCCUAGCAGUGCGACACGUGGGUUUGGGCGUCUAAUCUGUUUGACCCUACGUUCGAACUUUCUUUAUUCGCUGCAAACGGAGCGGGGAACAUGAGUUGGAGGGGCUCGUUGGAAGCGGGGAAAACAAAGAAAGAUACAUUGAAAUG